UAUUAUUCUUAUUCACUAUCCACAAAGGACAACCAUUUCAUGGGUCUCUCUUCCUGGCGCAGAAAACUCACUGUGCAGCUCGGCCAACCCGUUGAGAUGGCGGAAAUCAAGACGAUUGGAGUGGUGGGAGGUGGCCAAAUGGGCUCCGGAAUUGCCCAGGUUGCCGCCAUGCAUGGUAUCAACGUCUCCCUCUUCGACACCGACCCUCAAGCCCUCGUCAGAGCCACCUCCUCUAUCUCUGCCUCCAUCAAUCUUCUUGUUUCCAAAGGUCGUCUCUCCCAUGCACAGAGUUCUGAUAUCUUGGGGCGUCUGAGGUGUAUCUCGAAUAUGGAAGACCUCCGUUCCGCUGAUCUUAUCAUUGAAGCUAUUGUAGAAUCAGAAGAUGUAAAGAAAACUUUAUUUGUUCAGCUAGACAAGAUUGCUAAGAGUUCUGCCAUUUUGGCGUCUAAUACAAGUUCCAUCUCAAUCACUCGUUUGGCAUCUUCAACAAGCAGGCCACAACAGGUGAUAGGGAUGCAUUUUAUGAAUCCGCCUCCUGUCAUGAAACUGAUUGAGAUUGUGAGAGGCGCAGACACUUCAGAAGAGACAUUCAAGGCAACAAAAGCAUUGUCUGAGAGGUUGGGCAAGACAGUAAUAACCUCCCAGGAUUAUUCUGGCUUCAUAGUGAAUCGAAUCCUUAUGCCGAUGAUAAACGAAGCAUUCUUUGCUCUUUACACUGGAGUUGCAACUAAAGAGGAUAUUGAUGCAGGAAUGAAGCUGGGAACUAACCAUCCAAUGGGUCCUUUGGAGCUUGCAGACUUCAUUGGAUUGGAUGUUUGCCUGUCAAUAAUGAGAGUUCUUCACGCUGGCCUUGGUGACAAUAAAUACACACCCUGCCCUCUACUAAUUCAGUAUGUUGAUGCUGGCCGACUUGGAAGAAAACGAGGUAGGGGUGGGUAUGACUAUCGUAGGGGGCCCAAGGGGAAGAAAUCAUCUUCUCGACUCUAAGCUGCACGGUUUGAAAAUAAAAUGUCCAAGCAGCUCAUCCGGAUUAGUCUUAUGGCAACUUUGUGUCUGCUCGCGAGGCAAACAACUGAAAUUGGAAUUGGCAUUUACUGAAAUCAAUGAGAUUGCAAUGUACGAAAGGAAAUGCUUAGCAAAAAUAUAAUCAUAGGACAUAUGGGUCGAUGGCAAUCUAAGUGCUGUAAAAUGUUAUCAUUUUAUAGAACUUUAAGAUUCUGGGAGAUUUGUUUUCAAUUCACCGCAAGCAUCAUCUGGGUGGAA